AUGAUGAUUGACCUUAGAUGGUUAUUACUUAGACCAACAAAUUCAGAUAGUAUGUACUAAAGAAAAUGAGAGAGGUGUGCAAAAGGCUGUCCUGUUGAGAGAUGCAGAGGUUCUGACCAGGCCAGGUCAUAGGAAUCAGGCAAACGUCUCAGGAGGGGUAGCCCUUGGGCUGGGCCUCUGGGUUGGGUAGGAUCUCAGCAGGUCAGUACUGAUUUUAUAGAAUGGUGGUGCAGGAAAAAGGAACAGCGUGAGCAAAGAGUCAGGAGGCAGAGAGUUCAGGGACUGGUCAGGCUUGCUUCAGGGGUGGGGGUGCAAAAUCCUCUUUCUUGACCUGGGUGGUGUGUGUCUUACCAUCAUCUGUUGGGUAAACUCAUUAGAUUAGUGUUGUUUCCUGUGUUUAUAUUUGGUUUUUUAAAAACACACACUUUUAAAAUAAGAAGGGAGGAGGUGUUGGAUACAAUCAGAUAAGAAUUCAAGGUCGGCCUCCUGUCAGCUCUCUGACCUUUGGCAAGUUAUUUAACCUCUCUCAGCCUGGUUUCCUUAUCUGGAAAAGAAAUUGUAAUAGCACUUAGCUCCUAGCAUUGUGCCGGCCAUUGUGUAAGAGAAUGCAGGUCAUGCCCUCCCACCACACCUGGACCCUGUAAGAGCUGUCAGUGUGAGGUGGUGGUCCUGGAAAGAAGCAGACCUGGGUAUCAGAAGCCCUGAGUGUUGUCUCCACCUCUACCCCUGACUUGCUGUGUGAUCUUAGCAGAGUCGCUUCUCCGAGGUCCGACGCCUCCUGAUUCUCCUGAAAAUCCCAUCCCCUGUAAGAACUGUCACUGAGGUGCAUAGGCUGCUUGCUGGGACCUGGGGUGCUCUGGGCUGAGCCUGCUCAUACUUGUAUUUCCUCCAAACACGCGGAGCCUCCAGUGGCCCCAGGAAACAGCAGGCACUGAGAGGUGUGGACUCCCCAACGCUUCCUGAGCCUGCCCAUGGCAGGUGAAAAUGCGCUGGAGACACAAGGCGGAGACGGGAGGGAGCCCCAGCUGGAGGCUGCUCUUGUGCCAAUGACCCUUCCCAAUUCUUCCUGCACCUUCGAAGACAAGAUGUGCGAGGGGAACAAGACCACCAUAGCCAGCCCCCAACUGAUGCCGCUGGUGGUGGUCCUGAGUGCCAUCUCCUUGGUCACAGUGGGACUCAACCUGCUGGUCCUCUAUGCUGUGCGGAGUGAGCGGAAGCUCCACACCGUGGGGAACCUGUACAUUGUCAGCCUGUCCGUGGCAGACUUGAUCGUGGGAGCUGUCGUCAUGCCCAUGAACAUCCUUUACCUCCUCAUGUCCAGGUGGUCCCUGGGCCAGCCUCUCUGCCUCUUUUGGCUCUCUAUGGACUACGUGGCCAGCACAGCAUCCAUUUUCAGUGUCUUCAUCUUGUGCAUUGAUCGCUAUCGCUCUGUCCAGCAGCCCCUCAGAUACCUGAAGUAUCGUACCAAGACCAGAGCAUCAGUCACCAUCUUGGGGGCCUGGUUUCUCUCUUUCCUAUGGAUUAUUCCUAUUCUGGGAUGGCAUCACUUUAUGUCACAGUCCUCAGGACACCGGGAUGACAGGUGUGAGACAGACUUCUAUGAUGUCACCUGGUUCAAGAUCAUGACUGCCAUCAUCAACUUCUAUCUGCCUACCUUGCUCAUGCUCUGGUUCUACGCCAAGAUCUACAAGGCCGUUCGGCAGCACUGUCAGCACCGAGAGCUCAUCAAUGGAUCCCUCCCUUCCUUCUCUGAAAUUAAGCUGAAGCCAGAGAACCCCAAGGCAGGCGCCAAGAAACCAGGGAAGGAGUCUCCCUGGGAAGUUCUGAAAAGGAAGUCAAAAGAUGCCAGUGGUGAGCCUGUCUUGAAGCCACCAUCCCAAGACCCAGACGAGAUGAAAUCUCCAGGUGUCUUCAGCCAAGAGGAGGACAGAGAAGUGGACAAACUCCAGUGCUUUCCACUUAACAUUGUGCAAGUGCAGACUGAGGCAGAGGGGAGUGGCCGGAGUUUCGUAGCUAUCGACCAGAGCCAGAGCCCAGUUGGGAUGGAUGAGCAGAGCCUGAACAUGCAUGUGCCUAAUGAAAUGUCAGAGGAUCAGAUCCUAGGUGAUAGCCAGUCCUUCUCCCGGACAGACUCAGACACCCCCACAGAGUCAACAUCAGGGAAAGGUAAACCUAGAAGUGGGUCUAGCACAGGCCUGGAUUACAUCAAGUUCACUUGGAAGAGGCUCCGCUCACAUUCAAGACAGUAUGUGUCUGGCCUGCACAUGAACCGAGAACGGAAGGCUGCCAAACAAUUAGGUUUUAUUAUGGCGGCCUUCAUUCUUUGCUGGAUUCCUUACUUCAUCUUCUUCAUGGUCAUUGCCUUCUGCAAGAGCUGUUGCAAUGAGCGUGUGCACAUGUUCACCAUCUGGCUGGGCUAUAUCAACUCCACGCUGAACCCCCUCAUCUACCCCUUGUGCAAUGAAAACUUCAAGAAGACAUUCAAGAAAAUUCUGCACAUUCGCUCCUAAGGGAGGCAACAAGGGGAUGCAACUAAAGUGACACUUAGGAUGUUCCUGAAGAAAAUGGAGGAUGAAGGCCUAUGAGUUGCCGGGCACCUGGGCUUUCUGGAGUCGGAAGAAUAGUCUUAAGGACCAGGUAACUUGGAGAGUUCUUAGGCACCAUUGGUAGAACAGCAGAUGGCGGUGGUCAGCAGAGAGAUUGUACUCUGAGUAGAGAGCAGGAUAUUUCCAAGAGAAUCAGAUCUGGAUGAGUUCUCCUGCUCCUCAGGAAAUGUGGGAGCCUCAGACUCUCGUUGUAAUUCAAGCUUGCAGACUGGAAUUAAUUGGAAACUGAAGGAACACGUGGGGAGAGUUUUACUGCUGAAUUAGAUGGAACUCUCAAGCCUUACUGUAAUGGAGUUAUAGGACUGUGCAGAGACCUUACAUAUGCAGAUAGAUGCUGUCCCCUUCCAGGGGUCACCUUGAUAGGCAUGACAGUGAUUCCAUCUUGACUGUCACUUCUCAGAACACCUCUCCUCUGAGCCCCUCCUACAGCUUUCUCCAGAACCAGUGUCUGAACCAUGUUGGAAAUUCUGCCUUAUUAUUUCUCAUCCACGCAUAUCUUAGAGUUGGUAGGAAAUUAUGCAGCUUGUACGUUCAUUGUUUUCAGCCCCGAAUUCCUUUUGACUAGUAACAAAAUAAUGAUAAAAGCUGCCCUCAAAAGAAAGAGAAAAAGGGUAUUUUUUUAAUGGUUGCACAAUAAAAACAAACAAAAAUGGGAACGGGGAGAAGAAAGCCAUAUUUCUUGAAAGCUGGGUCGUGUUUAUCUCGUUGAAGCUCCAUGACACUCCACAGCAGGAGGAUGCUGUUACUAGAGGUGCAAAGUGAGGUGUGGCAAGGUGAAAUAAGUGCCAAACAUCACAUAGCUACAAUGAAAACCUGGUGGGGUUCCAGCUCGUUGUCACACGUUUCCUCCAACAGGCAAAAAUUUAUCCUUUAAGUAGACAACACAUGUGCGUGUGUGCGCGCACACACACAUACACACACACACACACACACACAUAUUCCUGAAAGUGGUGGCAAUUCUCAAAAGGAUGUGUUGAGAGAAGGAACAGCUGACAUAGAAUAUGCCUGAGGCCACAGAAGGUGAUACUUUGAAGCCCUCGUGUGCAUUUUUCUCUGUGAGUUCUGCCGUGUUUGUUGAAGAAAAGUCACCAUGUCCUUUUGUAGUCACACUUCUUCAGUAAGAACUAGCAAAGGCAUGGGAACAUCCAGUUUUCCUUGGGGUUUAUAUCGCAAUCUGGUUGUGAUUUAUAUUUUAAAACUUAUUGCCAAACUGUCAUAUAUGUAGCAAAGUGGGGUGUGUGUACAAGCUGGUAUUUUGUCUCUUUGUGUUCCUGUUUGCAUGAUCUGUUAAAAUGACAGAUUUUUACCUACUUAAAAUAUGAUAUUUGAAACUAUACUGAGUUUGAUUUAUUUAAUUCUACCUUUCUGAGUCUCUUUGAGAAGAUGUAUUGAAACGUACUGUCAAAUAUUACAAGAUCUGAUAUAGGUUUUCUCUUUGGUUUCUGGUCACAUUUGUAAAUGUCUUUAGUAAAGAACUUACUUUUAAUAA